UUGCGUUUGAUUCAUCGGUUUAAACUGAGGUCAGUCCGUCUGGAAACAACAAGACUGAUCUAAUGGAUCGUAUUCAUAGAGAGAAACGCGACGUUUGAACAGUAUUCCUGAGAGUUUAAAGUCCAUAUUUCCAUUGAAGACGUGUUUUAAUCGGGGCUCCAGCAAAAUGAGACUUCGCUCGAGAAAUAUUUUAAACGAAAACCCAACGACACCGUGCCGCCGCCGUCGAGCCGCUCCGGAGACACCAGUACCGGAGAACCAGGAUGAAGUUAAAGAUGUUCAGGACCACUCGAAUCCGGACCCUGAUGAUGUCCCAACAGUAGCCAAACGUCCACGAAGGAGGAGAAAAGCUUUAUCAGCUGUGGACAAUAAAGAGUCAGAUUUCAAGACCCCAGUCCGUCUCCUCCGGGAAAGGCAUUCGUCAUUGAAUCCUGCUGCUCGAAGCCUCUACUCACCUUCAGUGCACUUUCUCACACCCCCACGAGACCGAGAGCAGGCAAACACGAGUCCCAUGUUCAGCCCUGAACACUGUGUGUUCGGUUACAGUGCUGCCAGCCCUCUUUCAGAGGACGAAGAGAAUGAAGAAGUGUUCAGCCCUUUUACGUUUAUUAAGAACAUUCCAAAUCGUUCACAACAGUCCAGGCUGGUCUCAGCUGUGCGGGACAUUCCCCCAAAGACGAGGAGCACCCCUGCUGCUACCCUGGUGCUCGAUUUGGAUGAAACCCUCGUGUUCAGUUCUCUCAAUGUGAUUCAUGAUGCAGAAUACACCUUCAACACCCACUUUCAAGAUCACAAGUACAAGGUUUACGUGGUCCUCAGACCAUAUGUCAAAGAGUUUCUACAAGCCAUGACCAAACAUUUCGAGAUGUUUGUUUACACCUCUGCAAAAAAGGAAUACGCAGAGAAGAUUGUAGAUAUAUUGGACCCUAAUAAAAAGCUCUUUAGGCAUCGUUUGUAUCAGGACGAUUGUGCCUGUGUGCUUGGACACUACAUUAAAGACUUGACCAUCCUGGAGCGAGACCUGUCGAAGACUGUCAUCCUGGACAACGCCCCACACACCUUCCCAUACCACCUGAUGAAUAUGAUUCCCAUAAAAAGCUGGAUUGGAAAUCAAGAGGACCGUGAGCUGCAAAAGCUCAUUCCGUACAUGGAGAAACUAGUGCAUGCGGAUGACAUCAGAAGUGUUUUAAAGAAGAGGACCGAUCACUUCCACAGGCUGCUCUCUGAAGACUAAUCCCUGUAUUAAAUGUAAAUAAAUGUAAAGCCAUGCUUGUAAAUG